AGCCCCCGCUCAGACCCGCGCGACGGCGGCGGCGGAUUUUCCUCCUUUUCACCCCAAAAAAUCGAGGGGAAAAAAAGAAGAAAAGGAAAAAAGAAAAGAGCUUCCACCCGCAACAGCUCCGCCGGGGACUCCGCGACGCUUUUUUGGGGGGAAAAAAACGCCGUUUCCCCACUGAGGAGAAGAAACCACGCACCCCCCCCCCCCCGCUCGCCGGGAAGGCAAAAAACCCCAAAACCUCUUUUUUUUUGCUUCGAUUUUUGCAGCGUUUCUCCCCUGAGGAGCCCGGCGUGGGGGGGGGUGUGUGUGGGGGGGGAUCCCACGGAGCACCCCAUGGCUCAGCCCUCCAGCUGAGCCACGCCAGCAUCAGCCGGGACCCCCCACUUCGGGGGUGCCACGCGUGUCCGUGUCCCCCAAUUCUCACCGAAACCCUUUUUUUUUUUUUUUUUUUUUCCUCGCCCCCCCCCCCCCCACCCGCCGAGAUGUUCAGCUGGAUGCGCAAAAACGAGAAAAAAAACCCCGAGAUCGUCCGCACCGUCACGGAGGGGUUAAAAAACCUCUACAAAAAAAAACUACUCCCCGUGGAAGAAUUUUACCGUUUCCACGAUUUUCAUUCCCCGGCUUUAGAAGAAGCGGAUUUCGAUAACAAACCCAUGGUGCUGGUGGUGGGACAAUAUUCCACCGGGAAAACAACUUUUAUCCGGUAUUUAUUGGAGCAGGAUAUCCCGGGAAGUCGCAUCGGCCCCGAACCCACGAGUGAUUCUUUCGUGGCCAUCAUGCACGGCGAGACGGAGGGGAUCGUCCCGGGCAACGCCCUCAUCGUGGAUCCCAAAAAACCUUUCCGCAAACUCAAUCCUUUCGGGAAUACUUUCCUCAACCGGUUCAUGUGCGCCCACCUCCCCAACCAGGUGCUGGAGAGCAUCAGCCUGAUCGACACCCCCGGAAUCCUUUCGGGGGCCAAGCAGCGCGUCUGCAGGGGCUACGACUUCCCGGCCGUGCUGCAAUGGUUCGCCGAACGCGUGGACCUCAUCAUCCUCCUCUUCGACGCCCACAAACUGGAGAUCUCGGACGAGUUCUCCGAGGCCAUCCGAGCCCUCAAGGGCAACGAGGACAAGAUCCGGGUGGUCCUGAACAAGGCCGACAUGGUGGAGACGCAGCAGCUGAUGCGCGUCUACGGGGCGCUGAUGUGGUCCCUGGGGAAGGUGUUCAACACCCCCGAGGUGCUGCGCGUCUUCAUCGGGUCCUUCUGGUCCGAACCGCUCCUCAUCGCCGAUAACCGGCGGCUUUUUGAGUUGGAGGAGCAGGACUUGUUCCAGGACAUCCAGAACCUGCCUCGAAAUGCCGCCUUGAGGAAGCUCAAUGACCUCGUUAAACGAGCGCGGCUCGUCAGGGUCCACGCGCACAUCAUCAGCCGCCUGAAGAAGGAGAUGCCGUCCGUUUUCGGGAAGGACAACAAGAAGAAGCAGCUCAUCGCCAAACUGCCGCUCCUCUUCGCCCGCAUCCAGCUGGAGCAUCACAUCCCGCCCGGAGACUUCCCCGACUGCGCCCGCAUGCAGGAGCAGCUGCUGGUCCACGACUUCGCCCGUUUCCCGGGGCUGAAGCCGCGGAUGCUGGAGGCGCUGGACGAGCUGCUCACGGCCGACAUCGCCGCCCUGAUGCCGCUGCUGCGGCAGGAGGAGCUGGAAGCGCCGGAAGGCGCCGGGGUGCAGGGGGGAGCGUUCGACGGCACCCGCCAGGGCCCCUUCAGCGGGACGGCGGAGGAAGACGAAGAAGAAGGCGGCGGCGGCGAGGAAGAGGACGAGUGGGUGGUGACGAAGGACAAGGCCAAAUACGACGAGAUUUUUUACGGUUUGGCGCCGCUGGGGGGGAAAUUGAGCGGGCGUCGGGCGCGGGGGUGGAUGGUGAGCAGCAACCUGCCCAGCUCGGUGCUCGGCCGCAUCUGGCAGCUGAGCGACGUCGACCGCGACGGCAUGUUGGACGCCGAGGAGUUCGCCUUGGCCGGGCACCUCAUCGGCGCCAAGCUGGAGGGGAGGGGGCUGCCGGCCGACCUGCCCCCCCGCCUCGUGCCGCCCUCCAAGCGUCGGCCCAAGGGCUCGGCCGAGUAAGGCGCUCGCACGAGCGCGUGCGAAGCGUGCGGGGGGGGUGGGGGGGGUGGGCGGGCGGCGCGUCCUGCUGUAAUAAAGGAGGAGGAUGAGGGA